UGUAUCCUCCUGCAUCCUAUGCUAUGAAUAAUGAGGGGAUUUGUCCUUUGUACCUGACUAUUAAAAACGAGCAUGAAGGCAUUGUCCAACACAUGCUACAGAAGUUGCACCCAUUCAAACAAGAUUCACUUAGCUAUUUGACGGAAGGUCAGCCGAUACUACAUGUUGCUGUUUCUGCCCGGGGGACAGAAAUGUUGGAGAAUUUGCUUAGUUAUGACGAUGAAAAGCUUAUCAAUGUAGUGGACAAAGAAGGCCGAACAGCCCUAUCAGAAGCAGCAUUUCAGGGUUAUUUGGACAAAGUUCAAAUUUUUCAUACAAGAGUUCUACAUACAGCCUUAAUGAGCAACACAGAUAAAUCCUUUCCAAUUCACCAGGCUGUGCUUGGAGGCCAUAUUAAUAUUAUCAAAAUAUUAAUAAGCACGAGGUUCUUUCUUGAUGCAAGAGGCCAAAAUAUUCUACAUUUGGCAACAUCGAAGGGUGACCCAAAAUUGGUCUCUUGUGUGCUUAGUUUACCAGAUGUAGAUUCCUUAAUCAAUCAAAUCGACAAUGAUGGCAACACUCCUCUGCAUCUAGCUACCCUUGCUAAGCACAUUGAGGUGGUUGAAAUUCUCAUCCAAGACGAAGGAGUCAAUGUUGGAUUAUUAAAUAAGGAAGGGUUGAUGGCAUACGAUUUGGCCAAAAAACUAGUGGGUGUAGAUGAUGCAGAUAAAGAUCAAGUUCAGAAACUACAUUUGAUGCUAGAAAGAGCUACCUAUGAAAAAUUGUUUCCCAUUGAUGAAAAAUUGUAUCUACACUUGUUUAAUCAAGAGAUAUAUCGAGUUUUACAAAUGGUUUCAGUAAGAAGGCUGCGACUCAAGGAUCUUCUUGACAUAGAAGAUGGAAGCAAUGUUCUUCAUGUUGCAGCUUGGAUGAAUCAGCCCUUGGUGAUAGUUGAUCUCCUUGUUGGCUACAAUUGUACUACCCUCAUGUACCAAGCUAAUAAGAAGGGCGACCUUCCAAUUCAUUCAGCUGUUAAGGUUGGCAAGUUGGGAUCCAUUCAAGCUCUUUUGGAAAGGUCAAACAUACCUGCAAAUCUUGUAUGUGAAAGGCCUAAUAUGGAUGGAAACACAGCAUUGCAUAUUGCGCUGCUAAAUAACCAGAGGAAAAUUGCUGAAUAUUUGUACAAUCAAUGUCCACAAGCAGCGUAUUGCUUAAACAAAGACAAGAUUUGUCCUUUGUUUCUAUUUAUUAAGAAAUGGAGUUAUAGUGAGAACAAAUUGAUCACUAGUAUGAUCCAAGGAAUUAAAGACAAUGUGCGACUUCAAAAUCAUAUGAAGGGCGCAAAAUCAAUAGUGCACGUAGCAAUUCUUGCAAGAAACACAGCUAUCUUGGAAAGAAUAAUCGACACGGCUCCAGGUCUUUUGGAUUCACUUGACAGUGAAGGGAGAAGUCCUCUUUCUUAUGCAGCACUUAGGGGCCAUGUUGAGGGGGUUAAACUACUACUGGAAAAAUGUCCUAGUUUUGAAUUUUAGCGUGAUAAAGAUGAGCACGGAUCCUUUCCGAUUCACCACGCUGCGAAAGGGGGUUUUGUCAAGGUCAUUAAACUGUUUCGCCACAUGCAUUUGCUCAAUAACAAGGGCCAAAUGAUCCUUCAUGUAGCUGCUUCCAAUGGCGGGAUCGCACUCAUUUCAUAUGUGCUUAAACAGCCAGAGUUUAAGCAAUUGAUAAAUACAGCUGAUGACGAUGGCAACACUCCACUACAUUUGGCUGUUAAAGGUUUUCAUCUUAUGGCUGUAUUUCUUUUGCAUUGUAUAGGGUAUGAUGCACACAUCAACAUCAGUUUAAAAAAUAAAGAAUUGCUAACAAUUCGAGAUAUAUUUCUAAUGCAUAAGAAAUAUCAAGAUGAAAAUGGGCUCUCUUCCAUACAGGUAUCGAUCUCUUCCUUUAUAAGAAAUAUAAAAUGAUUGUUAAUUUGUUAUCUACUUUAUAUAUGACCUCUAAUCUUAAGAGAGUGAGCCCCAGUUUCUCUUCAUGAGAAACACUUUUGUUUCUCAUAAUGGCAUUUUGGAAAAUAAUGUGAUGUUUUUCACUGGUAGAGACCGCCUGUCAAUUUUGGGUGGACCUCUCAUAUCUUGACACAUACUCUAUGAGAAACAAAAUUUGUUAAUCAAUAGGAGAAACAAGCAAUUACCCAUCUUAAGAAGACUAAUAAUCUUCAAUGGGCACCUUCUUGGAUCUCUAUCUACCUCCGUUUCACAUUUUUUACAACUUUUGACAAAGACGUCCGCUACACCUUUUUUUUAACUUUUCAAAAUAUUCCAUUUUAGUAAAGUUUUUAAAAUGAUAAUACUGAAACACCCUUACUAAAAUUUUCAUAAGCUCAAUUAGUUACUUACAAAAAUUUUAAUAAAACACUAAUCUAACUAAAUUAAUCUAAUUAUUUCCUCCCAAAUCCAAUUCAUUUCCCCCAAUUAACCAAUUCAAUUACCAAACAUUCAACCCUCAUAAGAUCUUUCCAAAAUUCAAACCCAAUUUUUUAACUUCUUCUUCAAUUUCUUAGUUUUUUUCUCUAUCCUACAAUCCGACUCUCUCUCUCUCUCUCUCCCGGCCACGAAGACAAACCACCAGGGUGGCGGAGAUCUACGCGUGGAUGACAAAGACGGAAUGUUCGCGUUAUAUGACGGUGGUUGAACCCCCAUUUACGAUUGAAUGGCGAGGCGGGUUGGUGGGUUUUUCGAUAAGGUGGUAGAUGGGUAAGUAGUUUUAGAGGGUGUAGUAAGUGUGUUGGGUUCAAUUUAUGUGGGGUGUUAUGGAGUGUUUGGUGUGGUUGUUGUGGGGGUAGUUUUAGGUUUUGGGUGGUAUGGUUGCGGCGGGGUUGAUAUAUCUGAUGGUUUCGGGUUUGUACUAUGCUGGUGUGUGGUGGCUACGAGAUGGGUUUUAGGUUUUGGGUGUGUGGUGACUACAAGGUGAUGAGUGUGUGGUGGUUGGGCGGUGCUUAUAAGGCUAGUGUUGGUGACUUGUAUGGUUGGUGCUGCAAAGUGGUGGUGAGUCAAGGUGGUGGCCUGUGUGGCGGGUGUUAUGGAGGGUGGUUAAUUAGUCGUGGUUGCUACAAUUGCUUCAACAUGGUAUAUCCCCAUUUUCUUUCUUCUUCCUUAAUCACAUGCCCUCCCCCUCUUUUCUUAAUCUCCAUUUAUCACUUUUUGCCUAGGAGUCCGUGUCGACUAGGGGUGUUUAAAAAAACCCAACCCUGUUGUCCCGUCCCGAUUACCCGAUGACCUACAAAAACCUGAUGGACAAUUGACAAAUUUUUCUACUUUUUUCGGGUUGGGUACCCGUAAAAUAGCAGUUUCGUAGGCCUGGACAUGAGACAAACUUUGCUAAUCUUGGAUACCCGGAUACCCUUUAAAAAAAUAAAAUAAAAAAUUUGUUACUCCAUAACCACUUAACCAGCCCAGCCCACUUAGACCUAGGGUUCCAAUAACUCCCAAAAAAGAAAAAAAAGGAGCAGUCAGACUUCUUCUUCCUCCCUCCCCUCCUUGGCCACCAUCCUCAUCCCCUACCACCUCCCUGCCUCCCAUCUCUCGUUGCCGCACCUUUUAAAACACCACACAGCACCAUGACCACACCCCACAACAGCAAUAACAGCAAAUAACAAUUACCGCCCCAGCCUGCACACCUCAUCAACCCCCUCACAUCUAUCAACUCCUCGCACCGAACCACCGAGCCACAUCACACCACAAUGCAACAACCUAUAGCCGCCCAACCUCCGGCAGCCCACACAUCACCAAUUGCUCCACCAAUUCGCCACAAUCAACGCUGGCCACUUCCCAGCUCACCUUAAAACCAUCACCAAUUCGAUUUUUACCAAUUAACACUGUCGUUCACCCUAAUCUCCCUUUGCAAUCAACAAUUCAGUCACCAACAAUUGUAAUUUCGACCACAAUGGCAGCUGCUAACAUCAAUUUAACACCCUAAUUGAAGACCCAGAUGGUGCGAUCAUGGAGUGCGCUCAUGAGAACGGUGACAAACCCACAAAAAUUUGAUCCAUUAAUUCUGAAAUUGAUCUUUCUGUGUUGUAAUAAAUCAUUCUCAAAUAUGCAAGUCACUGACCUAUUACAGCUGGUUUAGCUUGUGGUUUUAGGUACAAACUUAUUUGAAAAAAAUAAAUAAAUAGAAUCCGGGAAUCCGUGUCCCGUCUCAGAUAAUUCGGGUGCCCGAAUAUCGGGUACCCGAAUUAUCCGGGAUAUGACACGGGCCGACUUAUCAACUACCCAAAGAUCCAAGUACUCGGAUUUUCGGGUACCCAGAUCUGAACACCCCUAGUGUAAUGCCCUGGGUCAUUAUAAAUUUAUAACUUUGAUCAAAAUUAAUUAAAAAGGGUUAAUGUUGAACAAUAUUAAUUAGUGAAUGAAAAUUUAAUAAUUUAUAUUAUAUUGCAUAAAUAUACAUUAGAUGUAUCAAAUGUAUAACUAUAUACUAGAGAUGAAUUAAAAAAACACGUGUCAAUUUCUAGUUAAAAUCUUUCCCACCAUUUAUAACCAUUACAGUGAUUAAUUUCUACCAAAUUAGAUUGUAGAUUAUUGUGUAAUUUCCAGGAGAGAUUUAAAUAGUAGAUUAUAUAUAUGAUGAAGAGUUUUUUUUAAGUAAAUUAAACGAACAUUAUUGUAAAGAAUUAAAGUUAUAUCAAUGAAAGAGACUAAAUAUUACUACAAUUCAAUGUGGUGAGAGAAGGGUGAUGACACAUAAUGCACAUGUGACACUUAUAUUAUCUUAUCUGAACUUAUUAGACCUUAUUAAAACUUAUUUUAAUUGUGAUUUAUACUUUGAUAACCUUUAUCAAAACUUAUUUUUUCAGAAUUAAACUUAUCUGAACUUAUUACACGUGAAAUAAGUGAAAAGAACAAGCCGUAAAUCAUAUUGAAAAAAGGGUGACGCAUGGUGUUAGCAUAUUGUCCCUAUACAUUUAAAUAUAUUAUAGAUUCUAUUAGUCCACAUAUAUACUAUAAAUGGUGUCUAGCAAGACAUUAUGAUCACUUAAUAUUUGACAAUAUAGUUAACAUAUUCUAUUUCAUCUUCCAGAUCCUUAUUAUGGAAGUCUUGUUAAAUAACCCUAUCAUUUAUUUGAGAGAUAGACUAUAUAACUUAAAGGACAAAGAAAAAUUGAUGGAAAUGGAGGCAGCAAAAUUAUAUGUAACUGAGAACAAAGGUCCAUCGUUCAAGGAGUCAACCAACAUGGAUAGAGCCAACAUUCUUUUUGUGGUAGCAACAC